ACCGCUUCAUACAUACACUGUUGUUAGCGACGUAGCCUCUCCGGCCAAUUUCUUUUUUGACAUUUCCAUUUGCGACCACUUCUAAUAACUUCACUUUUUGUUACGGCCAGCUGAAUGCACGAGUAGUGGUUCACUGGGUCAAAGUGUUGCUGGUGGCAGUCCUGCGAGCCCCUUUGAGUAUGCGUAUACAAUGAAGAGGCGUGUGGAGGACCAGGAACCGAUAUUUGCGCCCCAGCAACAGCAAGUACGUCGUCCCCAAGUUCAAGGCAUUGCAGACAGCUUCCAGCACCGGGCCCUCGCCCCGGCCCCUACUGUGAUAGAGGCAUCUGCAGACAACAUGCAGCCAUCCACCGGCAUCCAGUACUCUCUCCCCCAAGGCUACCAGGUGCCAACAUUGCCUCAGAGCACAGGUGGACAUGGACACGGACAUGGACAUAACAACACUGCCCCUCAUGUUGGUCCCCAUGCACACAGCCUGGCAGCUCAGUCCCAGGGACCCACAGUGGUCCAGGGUCACGUCCAUCCACCUGCACCCAUGACUUCUACCCAAGGACAGCAGUUUCAGCGACUAAAGGUGGAAGAUGCCUUGUCCUAUCUGGAUCAAGUGAAGCUGCAGUUUGGGAAUCAGCCACAAGUUUACAAUGAUUUUCUUGAUAUUAUGAAAGAGUUCAAGUCACAGAGCAUAGACACUCCUGGAGUCAUUAACCGCGUGUCCCAGCUCUUCAAGGGCCACCCAGACCUCAUCAUGGGUUUUAACACCUUCUUGCCACCCGGAUAUAAAAUUGAGGUUCAAACCAACGAUCUAGUCAACGUAACCACGCCAGGUCAGAUCCACUACAUCACGCCUCAUGGUAUUUCUGUUCAUAACAUCCCUAUAAGUGGAGCGUCCAGCCAACCUGCAAGCCACAACCAGCACCAGAGUCUGCCACAGGCUGCCCCCCAAACCCCCACCACAACCACCACUGCCCCACCUGUCCCCACCCAACCGGCCCCGAGUAAAACCAGCAAGCCAAUUCAGUCUCCAGCCCACACACCCACCAGCCAGCCCAACCCAUCCAUCCCUUCCUACGCCUCACCGCGCUCACCUUCAGUUCAGUCCCACACUCCUGUGAGCAGCACACCGUCCGCGGGGCCACCUCUCCAAAACAACCAGCCUGUGGAGUUCAACCACGCUAUAAAUUAUGUCAACAAGAUCAAGAACCGCUUCCAGGGCCAGCCGGACAUCUACAAAUCCUUCCUGGAAAUACUUCACACAUACCAGAAGGAACAACGAAACGCUAAAGAGGCAGCAGGUAACUAUACCCCAGCACUGACUGAGCAGGAGGUCUACACUCAGGUGGCGAGACUCUUCAAGAACCAGGAGGACCUGCUCUCAGAGUUUGGACAGUUCCUGCCCGAUGCAAACAGCUCGCUGCUGCUGUGUAAGGCUGCACCAGACAGAGCGGAGUCGGUGCGCAAUGAUCAUGGCGGCACAGUGAAGAGACCGUUACUGAGCAGCAAACAGAGACUGAGCCAAAAUGGCCUGCCCAUCAGGAGACCUCCUGGAGGGGGACCCACGCCCCCUGUUAAGAAAAAGCCCAAGAUUUUGGGGAAGGACCAUGGCUUGACUGAAGCCGGCAAACACAGCACCAGCACUGAAACCAUGUUCUUUGAGAAGGUUAAGAAAGCUCUGCGGAGCUCUGAGGCGUACGACAACUUCCUGCGGUGUCUUCACAUUUUCAAUCAGGAAGUGAUCUCUCGGGCUGAGCUUGUCCAGUUGGUCAUCCCAUUUCUUGGAAAAUUCCCAGAGCUUUUUACAUGGUUCAAAAACUUCCUGGGCUACCGGGAGUCGUUUCACGGGGAGUCCAGCCACACAGAGAGUUUACCUAAGGAGCGUGCCACAGAGGGCAUCGCCAUGGAGAUUGACUACGCGUCCUGCAAGAGGCUGGGGUCCAGCUACAGAGCCCUGCCCAAGAGCUACCAGCAGCCCAAGUGCACAGGAAGGACGCCGCUGUGUAGAGAGGUCCUUAAUGACACUUGGGUGUCGUUUCCAUCGUGGUCUGAAGAUUCUACAUUUGUGAGCUCCAAGAAGACUCAAUAUGAGGAGCACAUUUACAGAUGUGAGGAUGAGCGCUUUGAGCUGGAUGUGGUGUUGGAAGCCAACCUCUCCACGAUACGAGCCCUGGAGGCGGUGCAGCGGAAGAUUUCUCGCAUGUCCGCUGAGGAGCAACUGCGCUUUAAGAUGGACAACACAAUGGGUGGAUCCUCAGAGGUCAUCCAUCGCAAGGCUAUUCAGAGGAUAUAUGGAGACAAGGCCAACGACAUCAUCGACGGGCUCAAGAAGAACCCAGCUGUGUCUGUUCCCAUAGUGCUGAAAAGAUUAAAAAUGAAGGAGGACGAGUGGAGAGACGCCCAGAGAGGCUUCAACAAAAUCUGGCGGGAUCAGAAUGAAAAGUAUUACCUAAAGUCACUCGACCACCAGGGCAUCAACUUCAAGCAGAAUGACACCAAAGUGUUGCGUUCAAAGACCUUACUGAAUGAAAUUGAAAUGCUAUAUGAUGACCGCCAGGAGCGAGCGUCAGAGGAGAUGGAAACUGCCACGCUGCCAGUAACUGGCCCUCACCUGACCCAGACUAUGAAGACAGCCAGAUCCUGGAGGACGCUGCUUGCCCUCAUCAUCCACCACGUCAAAAGACAGGUGGGCAUCCAGAAAGAAGACAAGUACAAGAUCAAGCAGAUCAUCCACCACUUCAUCCCGGACCUCCUGUUCGCACGGAGAGGGGAGCUCUCUGAUGUCGAGGAGGAGGAAGAAGAGGAGGAGGAAGAAGAAGACAUGGAGAUGGAUUCAGAGGGCCCCAAGAAGCACAAUGGCCUGCCAGGCAGCAGCCCGUCAAAGUCCAAACUCCUCUUCAGCAACACGGCAGCUCAGAAGCUGCGGGGCACAGACGAAGCCUACAGCCUGUUGUUCGUGAACAACUACUGGUACAUCUUCCUUCGUCUUCAUCACAUCCUCUGUACGCGUUUGCUACGCAUCUACGGGCAGGCUGAGAAACAGAUAGAGGAGGACGCCAGGGAGCGAGAGUGGGAAAGAGAAGUGUUGGGCUUCAAAAGGGAAAAAAAUGAAAACCCAGCAAUCCAACUGAAGAUGAAGGAGCCACUGGAUGUUGAUGUUGAGGACUAUUACUCGGUGUUCCUGGAAAUGGUGCGUAAUCUUCUGGAUGGGAACAUGGAGCCGAUUCAGUACGAGGACUCCCUGAGGGAAAUGUUUACUAUCCAUGCCUACAUUGCCUUCACCAUGGACAAACUCAUCCAGAGCAUCGUCCGGCAGCUCCAGCACCUCGUCACUGAUGAUGUAUGUGCACGUGUAACGGACCUGUACCUGAGCGAAAGUGCCAACAAAUCCUCGGGGGGGCCACUGUCCACGCAGACGUCCAGGGCCACAGCAGAGGGCUCCUACCAGCGCAAAGCAGAGCAGCUAAUGACGGAUGAAAACUGCUUCAAGUUGAUGUUUGUAAAGAGCCGAGGAUCUGUCAGUCUGGCCAUGGAGCUGCUGGACACGGAAGAGGACAACUCUGAUGAGCCAGCGGAGGCAGAGAGGUGGUCAGACUACGUGGGCAGAUACCUGAACUCAGACUCUGCGUCCCCUGAGCUGCGUGAGCAUCUGUCCCAGACGCCGGUGUUCCUCCCCAGGAAUUUGAGACGCAUAAGGAAAUGCCAGAGAGGAUGGGAGCAGCUGCAGCAGGAGAGAAUGAACACGGUCCCCUCGGACAAGCCUCAGGACGGCAGCAGCGACAUAAAGAUGGAGUGCAUGUUCAAGCUCAACUCCUACAAGAUGGUCUAUGUCUGCAAGUCAGAAGACUAUAUGUACAGGCACACCGCACUCACACGCGCUCAUCAGUCCCAACAGCGGGUCAACACUCGCCUGCACAGACGCUUUCAUACCUGGCUGGACUCCUGGGCCAAAGAGCAUGUGACCAGUGACAUGGCUGCCGACAACCGCAAGUGGCUGAUGGGAGAAAGAAGAGAAGGCCUGUUGCCCUGCACCACCACUUGCCACCUUAAGGUCCUCCAUUAUAUCAACAUUAACAAGUUCCGUGUGAAGUACAGAACACUGUAGUCUCUCUCUAUUGAAAGAAACUGUGAUGGUGGCUGUCUUCACACACUGCCAGUGAUGACUCCAUGUACACAGUAACUCCGUGCAGAUUUCUACAACCUGCCGUUACUGGAUUCAGUUGCCAACUUUUUUUUGGUGUCCGACCUGAGUCAGGAAAUGUCUACAAACGUUGAGCUUACAUUGCAAAAUCCUGCAAUGUAUGUAAAUAGUUUUCUUCAGGUGCUACUGUCGCUAUAUUUGAAAAGAAAUAUUAAUUACAUGAGAUGAAUAGACUGGGGAAACACUCCUUAGUGCAUCAUUUAUUUAGAGCAAUUCACACUUUAAAUAACAGAAAACCUGGUUAAGCAAAACUAGACUAAACAAUGUUAAAGAUAAUUCACUUAACAAGUACCUGAUACUCGGGCAGUAAUCUGGCUUCCAGCUGUUAACUUGUAUAGCCUGUGAAUGUUUUCCUUCUUUAGUGGUAAUAUAUAUAUAUAUACAGUAUAAACUGUACAUUCAACAUCUCUGGUGACUGCUGGGUAGAUGCUAGACAUUUACAAUGCCAGCAGUGUAUAUUGCGUAAAGUAAUUUAUGACCGCCCAACACUUUGUAAAUAUGUUGUUUAUAUCUAUAUUUGUUUUAACAUGUAGCGUACUUUAACACACAUCUGGUAUCAGUCUUUAGCUAAAGCUUGCUGAACUGUUUUUUACCAAAGGAUGUUAAUUAGAGACCUUUUUGUUUGUGGUCUGUUGAACGUGUAAAGUCUUUGAGUAGAAGAAUUUCCCAUUUUAUACGUGUUUCGACCCCGUUAUUUGCAUUUCUACCUUCAGUCUCUGGUAUCAGUAUCACUCGUGGUUUGAAGAUGAUUGAAUGUAGCGGAGCAGCAUUUCUCAUUUCUGAAAGUACAGUAUAUGUCCUUUUUGAAAGUACUGAGGUCUACUCGAUGCUAUCAACCUUUCCUGGUAUUUAAACUUUCUGAAAUGGUUAUAAUCAGUAUGACAGGAUCGAUAUGUCGCCUAUAAAACUGUACAUGAGCCGUGUUUAUUUUGUAUGCCCUUUGUUGGUGACAAACACUGACUGAUGUAUAGUAGCUCUAUGUGAAUGUCAGACGUGUGAACACUUUAUGGAUCAAGAUAACAAGCAAGCAAUAAUAUUUCCUUCAGACGUAGUUCAUCAGUUUUGUAUUUCUUGCUGAAAUACAAACGUGAAUGUUGUAUUCCCUUUGAAAGAGGGAUGUAAACUAAUGGUUUUUAUUCCCGCAGUUUAUUCAAUAAAACUGGAAUUGGUCGAUAUGUUAGAUGGAGACGGGAAGAUAUCCAUCAUGCUAAAUACCAUUAAACGUGUUUCACAAAUUAACAUAUAAGCAACACGCAGUUCUUAACAUUAAUGCUAUCCUUGUUAUCUUCACAUCAUCAUAACAUAAGCAAGUUGGAAGCCCCAAAAGCUCAUUAUGUCGGCACAGAUUUGCUCCAAUACUUAAAAUGAAGCAACCUGACUACAAAUAUUCCUCCAUUAAAGGCAAUGGUCAGUAACAUAAACAGCUACAGACAAUCUUGGAACAGUUUAUUACUUGGGUUUUUAUUUUUAUAUUUACUAUGUUUAAUAUGGAAUACCACAGAAAGUCCCGGGGAAAUGAUUGUACAUAAAGACAUUGUUUGUACUUUGUUUUAAUGUGUCUGGACUUUUAUGAUGUUGUACAUGAGUGUUAGUAUGGUGUUGGGCAUUAAACUAUACGUUAAAUAGUAA